AAAUGGCACUUUCGAGCAAGAUAAAACAAGCCUCACAGGGUCAGCUUCAGGGAGCAACGAAGGAGAGGCAAAGACCACACCUUAGGAAAAGGGACUCCCUCAGCCCGUCACAGGGGCUCCUCCGCGAGGGACGACGCUCAAGCCCCGCGAGAAAACCCGCCCGCACGCUGUGCGCGCCGUAGUCCAAUCCCGGAGCGCUCUGCAUCACUGCGCCUGCGCAGAGGCGAAAAGCGAGCGCCGCGUGGACGUCAGUCUCAGCCUGCGCCUGCGCGUCUUCUCCUCUCAGUGAUUGGCUUCCACCUUCAGUAAGUACGCCGCAGUUCAAUUUUCACUUUCUCUUCCCCCGCCCCCCUUCCUGAGGCCGUGAGGUUUUACUUCCGGUGCCCGGCGCCGUCACCGAGAGUCGACUUGUUCCCUCAGGUCGCGAGGCGUCUCGGGGGUCGGUUCCUUUCUGGGAUCCUCUGAGGGAGGGGCGACGCUUAGCUGACUAGCGCAGGCGGGCUCCGAGCCUGGACGCCGGGCCGCGUCCCACCCGCCUGCGCAUCGGGCCCGCCCUGCAAGGCCAGGGCCGUCCUCCUGAAGCACGAGGGCGGAUAGAGAGACGGGCUGCGACGUGGAGGGUCCUGCGCGCCUCUGACGAGCUUGAGCUAACCCGGGAGUCGAGGGGCCAUUGGCUCUCCGGGAGGAGGGGAAUCCCGCUGAAAGGAGACUCAAAGACUCCCUUGCCGGGAAGGAGACAAAGAAAGCGGCUUAUUAACAAGGUCCGAAAAAUAUAUGUCACAUGUGGCUGGGAGGGAUCGAGAGAAAGGAAGCGCGAGUGUGAGGAGCGGAAAAAACAUAUACAAGCAUGGGGAAGACAUUGAAGAAGAAUCCCAGAAUCUCGGCAGCGGCGGCAGCACAAAGGACAGCAUCUAUGGCAUUAACAGAAAACAGGACUAUGUCAAGAACUCUGGGGGUAUACUUGGUGAAAAUGAAUUAAGACCACCCUCCCAGCUACAUUCUCUCUUAGAGAAGACCAGGACAGGGUUCAUAUCAGAAAACAUUUUUGAGACAGUGUCCUUGAGUUCAGACUCUCUCUUCCAGAGGGCAGUUUCAAUUCUCCAUACUUCUUACUUGGACUCUGCAUCUGAGCAUGGUUUUCAAUACAGUCAAGUGACUUUGGUGAAAAAUGACAUUUUCUUAAAUGAGUACAAAACUUUUUACCAAGAAAAAAAAGCGAGUAACUACACUCAGGAAGAACUUCAAGAAACUUACGGGUUUCUUCUGUUUGAAAGUGAAAAUCAGGCAAAAUUAGUAUGUCGGCGUGGACUUUGUAUUGGCAGCAGUGCUAUUACCACUCUGGGUGACCCAGCAAAAGGUGUAUACAUUUCCAAAUACUCAGACUGUCUUCAUGCAAGACCAUGGUAUCAUGGAAAGUCUGGUUAUAUUAUAAUUUGUAAUCUAAUUAAGGGAAAAGUCAAGUUUGUGUCUGAGAAUUAUACAACUAACUAUAUUAGCCCAUCUUCUGGCUAUGAUUGCCAUGUGGCUGCAAAUACUAACAAGGUUUCUCACAAGACGAGUCAUUUUCGCGCCUUUGAACUGAGUCAGUAUUACUUGUAUGAGCUUUCAGGUACCACUGUUAUUGAGCGACCUAGACAGAUUCAUCCUUACGUAAUUGUAGCUUUUCAGUACAAGGAACCUAAAAAGAUGGCGGCACCAGCUCAUAAAAGCUUACUUGAGCUCAGUGAAAAUGUUCUCAUCUCCCCAUGGAAUGGGAAAUUAAUUAUUAAAGGCUGUCUGCUGUGUGACAUAACUCUUUGGUCCUCUUAUGGUACAGUGGUUCCCAUCCAGCUACCACAUGAACUAGAUUUUAAGUAUGUAAUGAAAGUGUCGUCUCUGAAAAAAAGACUACCAGAAGCUAUCUUUAGAAAACAGAAUUACUUGGAGCAAAAAGUCUGUUGCCAAGAUAUGUACUUCAAUAUGUAUGAAGUGGAAUUGUCAAACAAACAAGGAGACAAAAUAGAUAAACUAACCGAAGUCAUUAAAAAUAAGCAAUUGGCACUCAUCAAAUGCUUAGAAAAUCGGGAGGUUUUCAUUUUACUUACAUCAUCAGCCUUAAUUUCAGAAACAAAUUUUGGAGAUGAGCAGAUGGUUCUACAUGCAUUACAUUUAUUCCAUUCAUCCCUGUCAGCAGGGCUGAAAGACUUGAAAGUUGAAGAUGACAUCUCAUUGAAGGUGAUACCUAUUUUACCUGCCCUUAAUUGUGCACUGCUAGAAGCAAGGAAAUCAUUUACUGAAGAAGGAAUCUGUCUAAAUACAUUAGUAAAGCGUAAUUUCCAAGAAUUGUACAAGAUGGAGAGAAAUCCAUUGACAACUUCUUCUCAGGAUGGAGUAAAAGAGACUGCAUUCUUUGGCAAAAUGUCCAAUGGUUUUGACUUGGUUCCUCCAGCUGAAAAGUGCCCUGUACAGUCUUUAACUCAGUUGAAGACUUAUUUUUCAGAUCCUAGUGGGUACAUUUUGGAAGUAUCUACAGCGUUAGAUUUAUUGGCAGAGCGUUCACAGUCUCCUUGUAUUUCAGAUGGAAUUUGUGAUGCUGGAUUUUCUUUAGUUAUGACUCCAGAUCCUGAAUUUCUUGACUCAGAAGCAGAAGUAAGAAGAGAAACUGAAACAAAAAAGAAUUCUGAAGAAAUGUUUAAAGCUAGGAAGAGAAAUAUAGUUCCAUUAAAUUCAGCAUCAAAUCUGAGAGUUCAGCCAAAGAGGAAGGCCAGCAUGCCACCUGUGGUGCAGAGUAAAAGAGUGAACUUGUGCUGUCCCUUCCCCAAAAGAACUCCUGCUAGAGCAAAUAGGGCUUCAACCCCUCCAGCAACUCUCAAAUUAGUUAAAGGACAGUUUCCUCAGAAAAGAAAAAGAGGUGCUGAGGUGCUGACUGCACAGUUUGUACAGACAACCAAAUUGGAUACGAAAAACCAAGAAGCUCUUAUUUCUAAAGAUGUUCCAGUUGCAACGACUCCUAAAAGGGCAAGGAAACAAGAGAAAUCUCCAGUCAAAACUGUUCCGAGGGCUAAACCACCUGUGAAGAAAUCACCACAAAAACAGAGGGUAAAUAUAGUAAAAGGCAAUCAGAAUCCCAGAAUCAGAAAGCAGCCACAACCUGCCAAAGGAGAAACUGCUUCUCAGCUUCAAUCAAAAAUUUCAUUAUGUGGGCAAGAAGAUGUUAUUGGCAUAAAUACAGCUCAACCAGAAAACAUCACAGUGGCUCAGAAAGCUCCAGCUGAGAAUUCCAUUGUCAACUGUGACUCCCAGGCCCUAAACCUGUUAGCUGAUCUCGCAUUAAGCGCUGCUACCUCUACCACACCACCAUCUGAGCCCAGAAACCUUCCUUGCUCUUCUGAAUUGCCACAAAGCAAUGUUUUGCUUUCUAAAGAACAUUCUCUGAGCAAUACAUCUGACCAUGAAUAUCAUAGAGGAGUUAAAAGUAAAAAAAGGGGAGUGUUACCUAAGCCCUCCUCUGAUAAGAAGAGUAAUCUGACAUCAGACUCCACUGUCAGCCAAGAGGAAGAGAGCUUGGUUCCUGACAGUCAGACCCCUAUUGAAGCCCAGUCGGCACUUCCUGAGGAAACAAUGGAAACUUCAGAUGCAAGCCAAAGUUCUGUUGCUGUGGAACAUUCCUAUGCUCUGCUCCUUGCAGAACAUUCAAAGAAGGUGCUACAGCAGAGAGGGUUACCAGGCCCUGCCUUCACCAAGAAUGGCACAAAGGGCCCUGAAGCAGGAACCCCAGUGGGAAAAGUAAUGCCAUUUCGGCAUCAGCUGAGCACCUCCCCUAUUCAAAAGCUUCCUGAGGACCCAGUACUCAAGCGCAGGAGCAGAUUGCUGUCUUCCAGCCUGAGAGACUUUUACUGCUCUCGUACUGUGUUCAGCUGUGACGGCUCCUUCAAGGUCACUUUCAAAUGUGAAACAAACUAUGUAUUCAGCUUAGACAGCAAAUAUACCAACAACCCACUCGAGAAAACUGUACUAAGAGCAUUACAUGGGCCCUGGAACACUGAUUUACCUGAUAACGUGGAAGAAGUGAAGCUUUUACUUCAUAUGUGGGUGGCUUUGUUUUACAGCAAUCAAAACAGAGUCAUACGAUCAUCCCGAAAAGUAGUAGAACACAGCAACCCUGCCAAAUAUGUGUCUAUCAAUACCACAAUAGAAUCUUUUCAAUUCAGUGAAAUUGAGGAGUCCCCCAGUGUGGAAAGGUGUUCUGUAGGCCCUUUGUUAGAGACAGAGGAAGCUCCCAGAGGUCAUAGUGCUGAAGUGUCCUUCCCUGACACUAACUCCUUGCUUCCUUUCAUUAAACCACCUGCAAGAGGCUUGGAACUCUGGGUACAGAAUGAACAGAAAGAAGUUUUUGUAAGAGAGGAUCAUCCAGAUACUCCAAAAAAGCAGAAUUUCAUCUAUUCUUGUAAUAAUGAGAUCAUUGAGGGGAAAUCCAAACAAGAGUCAUCGGAUAAAACAGAGACUUCUAAUCUUGUGCUUUCUAACACUGGAAGUAUCCAAAUUAAUGGACCUUCUAUUCCUGGUGAAGAUAAAACCUUUGAGCCACUUGAUAGCACAAGAGUGACUUCUUUUGAUACAGUCACACAAACCACAUUCACCAAGACUUGUGAUGGGAUCAGCGAUCAGUCAGUGAUUUGUCAAAAAUCUGUGUAUAGCACCCUUGAAAGCAAAGUCGAUAAUUUCCAUGCAACAGUGCAAGCAAAAACAAGUGGUUUACAGACCCUUAUCGAGCAUAGCAGCCCCCAAAACAAAGAAUGUCAGCCUUCACAGGAAAAGAAAGAUGAUAUGGGGUAUGUAAUGAUUAAUCUGGAACCAGUUACUCUUACUUUUGAAAAAAAUGCAUGUAUACCAAUACAGGCAGAAAUUGCAAAUAGAGCUGAUAAACCUACAGUCUUUAAUAUGGAGUUGCUUAAACAAGUAUCACCUGCUAGAAGUUUUAGACUUCCUAUAUCCACAUUUGAAAAGGUACAAACACAAGGUCUUAAGGACAUUCUAUCUCUAGCAACGUCAGGAGAAAAAGGCACUAAGUACCUCUGUGCCUCCUCAGUAAGUGGAGAGACACUAGCUAAUAAUGAAAUGUAUUCAUUACAGAAAGAGAUUCCUGUUCCAGGCUCAUCAUUGCCAACUGAUAAUUCAUUGGAAAAGGAGGCAUUACCAUUAGUUAAAAGUUCUAAUUCUUCAUUACCCAGAGAAGAAAUGAAACUCUCUCAAGAACUUUUUCUGCAACCUAAGAGUCUCUUAAGCAUAUCUUCAGAAGAGAUUUUGGAGCCAUCACAGAUUGAAGAAGCCUCACCAUCAGCCUCUGCCAUGUUGGAAAAAAAUUACUCACUUAGCUGCAUUCCAUCAAGAAGUAAUACAUCAAAUGGCUCUUUAGAAUUAAAGAGUGACAAGAGUGGUCUAAACAGUGAAAAUAGGAAUUUUGAAUCAUUUAAGUCCGCAUUUGCUAAACAAACCAGCCUAUCUAUAAAUGGAGAGGAGGUAAGCCUAGAGUUAGAGGAAGAUUCUGACAUUGACCUAACUCUCACAAUAUCACCACCUACAAGUCCCAGAGAAGAAAUGCCAGCUGGUGAAACAGAGCAACAUCAGGGGGCCCCAUUACCAAAUUUAGAACUCCAGGAUAUAGAUGAAGACAUAAUUGAGCCACAAGAAGUGACUUCCAUAGAAAACAGAGAAGUGAAUUCUGCUAAAUAUACUUCUGCCCUUGAGCUUACAGAGGAAGUUAAUGUUACUUCAGACUUUCCCUUUGGUUCUUUAAUUGAAGAAGUGUCACCAGCUUCUAGUCCUGACCCCCAGAUACCAGUUGAAGAAACACAGCCAUCUCGGGAUGUGUCUCCAUGUAGUUUAAAACAUCCCGAUGCACAGAGUGGGAAAAGUGGCAAAUUCUCCCACAUUGAAUCAGUAGAUUUGGCCAUAACAGAAAAGGAAAAUUCUUUUGGUCCUAUCCAUCCAAUGGGACAAAAUAACGUAACUCAGGUACCACAAAUACAACUUCCUGCUGAAAUGCCUCUACUAUUAAAUAAUCAUCCAGGAAGAAAAGAUAAGCAUUUAACCCUUCUGGGCAAAGUAACUAAGGAAAUUGUCCCAAGUGAACAUGAUGAGGAUUUCUCUUUCUCAGAAAAGGUGCCAUGCUGCAAUAAAGAAUUAAACCAGCCUGCCUCAACUGGCAGUUACAGAGCUGACUUCAAGACUUCUCUAGAAAAAUUGGUAACGUCAGGAAAUCCAUUGCAGCCAAUCAGUAUAGAAAACAGAAAUUCAGGCUUAAAUCACCUUGCCUUGGAGACCAGUGAGCCCCCAUAUAGUCCUAGAAAGAUUUUGGAAAAUAAGUCUUUGGUUGAUACAUUUAUUUCUACAAAUAGUCCAAGUGAGAUAAUGAAUGUAUCGUUAAAACAGGAGACUAGUCCGAAAAGCAUUAAGAGUCUCUUUAGCAGUGAUUUGAAAAUAAAUGAAGGCAAUUACAUGCAAGUUCAGUCCUUGAGCUCUGACUCAGUCGAUGAAGCUGAUGAUACACAGGCACACAGGCACCCAGAGAUCCCCAACCUUGCUUUUUCCUCUAGUGGUGCUACCGUAACCCAUUUUACAAGACCCAUAAACGUAGAGACAGGGUUUCAAACACAGGAAAUAUCAGUAGUCAGAAUGGCCAGUUUGCUUAAGAAUAGUGAAACCGAAGCUGAAUUACAUGAAAACAACAUAGACCUAGGAGGUGUUGACUCUGAAUCAAACACCCCAUCUCCAGAAGGCAAACAAAAAACCACCCAUAUGCCGCAAGAUAUGUCAACAUGCAAAACAAAAGAUCUGUCGAAUAAAGGACUUUCCCCCACGUAUCUAUAUGCUGAUUCUCAUCAAAACACAGCAGUCACCAGUGAAAAUGUCAAUAAAGAGCCUUCUGCCUUUUUUGUUCCCAAAUCUUGUGCUCCUCUUGUUUGUGGAGUCUCUAAAGAGCAGGUGGAAAAUAAAAGCUCUGGUGAGGGGAUCAGGACUGAGGAGGACUCUGAAACCCAGGGGGGAGACAUGGAUAUUAGUGUGAAUUCUGACUUCCAUUAUGAACCACUUUCCGGAGACUCUGAUCAAGACUUUUUUGGUGAUUGUAGAAAUCUCAAAUUAGACAUGGAGAGUUCCUGUGCUUUGCAAUGUAGUCACAAGAAAGAAGGUGCUUUGAAAGAUGGUUAUGACUCUUUCCUGAGCCUAAACAAUAGUCAUAAGGACGAUUGGGCCUACUCUACCCAGGUUUCAGAGUUGGAGACCAGCAUACCUCCCCGAAACCGGUUUGAUGGAUCAAAGAAUGAAGAUAAGAGCGUGCCAUGUUACAUCCAAAUCAGAGAUCUCCAUGGUAUCCCCAGGACUUACACUAAUUUUACUAUAACUAAAGAGGUCAAAGGUACCAAGAGAACUUUGCACGGCCUGAGGAGGCAGCGCAAUUUCACUGCUAAACAUGGCUUGCUAAGCUCCUGGACAAAUACUUGGCAGAUAGAAGAUAACCUUACUCAGAACACUUUAGAUCUGGAAUAUCUGCGUUUCCAACAGAAACUGAAGCAAAUUAUAAAGAAUGGAGAUUCCCAGCUUUCUCCGUCUUCCACCAAUGACUUUUUGAAGAAACCACCUCUCCAAAUUGCCUCUGAAGCUUUCCCUUUGACAAAAACAUCUGAAUCCUCAGUUCUCCAUCCUCCAUCCCGGAGCAGAAGUACCCUCUUGGUAACAAUCAUGCACUCAGACUCCAGGCCACAGAGCCAGCACCCGCGACGCCACAGGUCCAGCAAAUUAGACAGUUCUUCCUUUUGGAAGGAAAGAUGUGAUCGCAGGAGAAAUCAUCUUACAAAUUCUAAAAGAAAUCAGACUGUUUCUUUCCACCUCAACAAACUGAAAUAUAACAGUACUUUGAAGGAAUCCCGGAAUGAUAUCUCCCUUAUUCUUAAUGAAUAUGCGGAAUUCAACAAGGUGGUGAUGAAUGGCAAUCAAGUCAGUUUGCGAGUUAAAGAGUCAAAUGUUGGUUCUGGAGAAGCCACAUCUCAAGAGAUGUAUUCAUCUUCCCCAAGAAGAUCAGCCUCCUAUGAAGACAUGAUUACAGACUUGUGUAACAGUUUGCGCGUCAAACUAAAAAGUGUCGUGAAAGAGGCGUGCAAAAGCACCUUUCUGUUUUACCUCGUUGAGACAGAGGACAAGUCAUUCUUUGUGAGAACAAAGAAUAUUCUGAGGAAAGGAGGCCAUACAGAAAUUGAACCUCAGCAUUUCUGUCAAGCUUUUCACAGAGAGAAUGAUAUGCUAAUGGUCAUCAUCAAAAAUGAAGAUAUCUCAUCACAUUUACAUCAAAUUCCUUCUUUGCUGAAGCUGAAGCAUUUUCCCAGUGUCAUCUUCGCUGGAGUAGACAGCCCUGAAGAUGUUCUCAAUUACACCUUCCAAGAGCUGUUUCGGACUGGAGGCUUUGUGGUGUCAGAUGACAGAAUAUUAGAAACUUUAACAUUAGUUCAACUGAAGGAAAUUGUGAAAGCCCUGGAGAAACUAAAUGGAAAUGGAAGAUGGAAAUGGUUGCUUCACUACAGGGAAAAUAAAAAGCUAAAGGAAGAUGUAAGAGUGGAUUCAAUUGCACAUAAGAAGAACUUAAUAUUGAAAUCCUACCAGAGUGCAAAUAUCAUUGAAUUGCUUCAUUAUCACCAGUGUGACUCUCGGUCAUCAACAAAAGCAGAACAUUUAAAAUGUCUCCUAAACCUGCAAAUUCAGCAUAUCCAUGCCAGGUUUGCUGUCUUCCUAACAGAGAAGCCUGUCUCCAGAGAAGUCUUUGAAAAUAGUGGCAUCCUUGUUACAGAUGUAAAUAACUUUAUUGAAAAUAUACAAAAAGUAGCAGCUCCAUUUAGGAGUAGCUAUUGGUAAGAACACUUCUGCAACUCUCCCAUGUCAGCUGGAAUUAAGGGAAGAUACUGACGUUUGUGUCUAUGAGGCAAACAGUUGUUCAAAAACUCUGUUCUUUACCUUAUAUGUUAUCACGCUGUAAAUUAAAAAUAACUCUAUUUAGGAAUGAAAUUCUAAAGUAUCCACUAAUGAAAUAACCAACCCAAUUACCCAUUUUCUCUGUGAUGUGCAUUUUCACCUGCAGUUCAUCCUGAUCACCAAGACAGAUGAUGUAACCUUUACAAUGCAUAGAAAUUUUCCCAUUAGGUAGCAUACUAUUUAUAAAAUGGUUGGUUAUUUUGUUUUAAAGAUGAAAUUAUCAAUUUUAUUUACCCAGGUUAUUCAACUGUAACUUGCCUAGACAUCAAUGAUGCCAACAACAAAUUAGUAUUUUCCCUUUUCUUUAAAAAACUUUAAGACACAUUAAAAAGUCUUCCCUUCUCAUAAUUGAAACAAAUCAAUGUUCUACAACUUAGGGGAAAAUUCCUUUCAUUUUUUCACAUUUUGUUUAAAUGUCUGGCUUCAUUUACAAUGACACAUUCACUUUGGGUUGCAGUGUUAAAUAUUUUGUUUUAAAUUAAUUGUAAUUUAAAGCUAUUAAUUGAAUUUAGUUAAAAAUAAUUUUAUAAACAUGUUAACUCAGUUGUAGCAAAAAUUAGUCUAUUUUAACCAAUAGCUUUAUUUUUGCAUGUUAAUGUCAGCAACACUUAAGAAAUGCAUAUUAGUCUGUUUUAAAGGUUUUUAUUACCCUUGUAAAGACUAUAAUCUCUUAAGUGUUUCAUUUGCUAUUAUUCAAACACUACAUAAAGUUAACCUUUUUUCCAAAAUGGUCAAAUUUAUAAACUGUCAUCUUCCACUUAUUUUGUAAAUAGUGCACUUACAAAAUCAACUCUGAGAAUAAUCACUUAUUUAUGAUGUUAGAAAUAAUUAAAAUCUUUAAACAUGAAAACCAAGCAAAAAACAUUUGUAAGACACUUAGCAUCAAUUUGGAACACAGGUUUUUAUAACUAAUUUGUUUCAUUUUUCUAAUAAAGACAACUAAAAAGUCAAUUGUUUCUGCAAGGACUUCAUAGCAAAAAUUGGAGUUUGUCAGGAGAGUUGUAUCACUUAAGCCACUUAAGCAAGAAUGACUGGGUUCCAGAGGAAUACUAUCACUUAUAUCAUUUUGGCCCUCAUCUGUCAGUUUAGUCCCAGCAGACCCGCCCAGUGUUUUCCCCUCCCAAGGUCAUGUGCACUGAGCUGCAAGCCAUAGAAAAAAAGGGCAUUCAUAGGACUUUCCAUCUUGCCCUUCUAUGGGGCUGUUAGAACUAUACAGAAACUUCUUUCAAAAGCCAUUCAUCUACUUUGUAUACUUCUUACCCAAACAAAAGUGCCAAUCUCACUAUAAGUUUUAAUUAUUUGACACUAGCUUUUGCUUAGAAACCCAUUUUUUACCUCAGGGAUAAGAUUCUAAUAAGAGGAUCAUAACACUGAGUUGAUUUGAAAUUACUAAGGAAAAGGAAAUAUUUAUUGAGCACCUACUACUACCACCUGUCAGGUGCUGUCUGUCCAACAUAGUCAUCUUUCAAGUUGUACCUCAAAUGUUCAUCUCCCCUUACUGAAAAGCCUUCCAACAUCCAACCCCAAGGCCAUCAGUCCCCAUACCACCCUUUCUUUAUUUUAACACUUAACCAAGUCACAGAACAAUGGGUCUAACCUGGACUAUAGGCUCUUACAGAAAUUGUGCCUUCAUCAUUUUUGAACCCCAUUGGCCUGGGACAUAAAGUCCUGAUAUCUUUGGUUUCUAUUUAAUACUAACCACUUUGUACAUUUUGCAUGUUUGACUAUGUAGCAGGCUAAUUUUUAAGUUGAUAAUUUUGUAUGGUCUGAGAAUAAUGUUAGAAAUAUCCUUUUGGCUCUUGGCAGAAAAAAGGUUCCCCACCCCUGACAUAAAGUAGUGGUUCUCAACUUGGCAGUUUUGUCCCCUAGGAUAUGUUAUAACAUCUGGAGACAUUUUUGGUUCUCGGGCUAGGGAGGUGCUCCUGGCAUCUAGAAGUGAUGUCAGAGAUGCUGUUAAACAUCAUACAAUGCACAGGACAGUCCCCCAUAA